AUGGCGAAGCCGGUGACGAAUCCUUUGUAUCAAAGCUCUCCUCCAACAAUGGAAGAGAUCGAGAUAUUGGAGUCCACUCCAAAGGCAGAUCUAGAGAACCUUGACGAGUUGCUCCAGGAGGAGAACUUCUACUUGAAUAUCGAGGCGUAUGCGUCGCGAGGUUAUAUAGCAAUUUCCGUUGAUUCUCGUUACCAUGGAGAUCGUGCCACCAACACAACCACCUAUCGCGAUGCACUUAUUUCUGCAUGGAAAACCGGUGAGACCAUGCCAUUCAUAUACGACACGGUCUGGGACUUGAUUAAAUUGGCAGAUUAUCUAACACGGAGGAAGGAUAUAUACCCUUCUAGGAUAGGAAUUACUGGAAUAUCACUUGGAGGUAGGUUGACAGUUGUUGAAAGGAGAAUGCAUGCGUGGUUUGCUGCAUUUGCUGAUACUCGCUAUGCUGUGGUUGUUCCUGUGAUUGGCGUUCAGGGAUUUCGAUGGGCCAUAGACAACGAUGAAUGGGAGGGUCGAGUUGAGGCUAUAAAGCCUCUUUUUGAGGGUAAGAUGAUAAUGUACUUCGAAUAUAUGCAUCCUAAUCCGCUUAGGUUUAUGGAUGCAGUGGCUCGUGAUGAUAUGGAUAAAGAUGCCAUUGACAAAGAAGUGGUGGAGAAGGUAUGGGACCGAAUUGCUCCGGGUUUAGCUUCCCAAUUUGAUUCACCCUAUUCACUUCCAGCUAUAGCACCCCGUCCUUUGCUUAUUCUUAAUGUUGCGGAAGAUUCUCAGUGUCCUCUUGGGGGCUUGGAAAUUCCAAGAGCAAAGGCAAGCCAGGCAUACAGAAAGUUUAACUGUUUAGAUCAUUUCAAGGUAUGUUGUAUUGUUUAG